AUGGCACCACUUGAGGCUUUGUACGUUCGAAGGUGUAGGACUCCUUUGUGUUGGUCCAAUAUGGAGGAGAAGAGGAAUUUGGGUCUGGAGUUGGUUUGGGAAGUUGAGGAUAAGGCGAGACUUGUUUGCGAGCGGUUGAAGGCUGCUCCUGAUCGACAAAAGUCCUACGCUGACCUGAGAUGUCGAGACAUCGAGAAUCAGGUUGGUGAUAAGGUAUUUCUGAAGGUUUCACUAUGGAAGAAAGUUCUAAGGUUGGGGCGGAAGGGUAAGAUCAGUCCAAGAUCUGAUCCUUCUCACAUUGUUCAUGUUGAGGAGAUUGAGGUUCAAUCUGAUCUUUCGUACGAGGAGGAACUAGUUGUGAUCUUAGAUCAUGAGAUUAAGGUGCUACAUAAUAAGACAAUUCUAUUGAUGAAAGUUUUGUGA